UCCUCCCCUAUUGGCGUUCCCACUCUCCAUCCCUGCGAUGUGCAACCCGCCACUUCCGUCGUUAUGGUUGAUGCGUUUAUUCUGCGCCGGAAAAAGAACCCGCGAGGGAUUCUGGAGUUAUGGCCGCUGUGGAUAUUCGAGAUAAUCUGCUGGGGAUCUCUUGGGUUGACAGUUCCUGGAUCCCCAUUUUGAACAGUGGAAGUGUCUUGGAUUACUUUUCAGAAAGAAGUAAUCCUUUUUACGACAGGACAUGUAAUAAUGAAGUCGUCAAAAUGCAGAGGCUGACAUUAGAACACUUAAAUCAGAUGGUUGGAGUAGAGUACAUCCUUUUACAUGCUCAGGAGCCCAUUCUUUUUAUCGUUCGGAAACAACAGCGGCAGUCCCCUACUCAAGUUAUCCCACUGGCUGAUUACUAUAUCAUUGCUGGAGUGAUCUAUCAGGCACCAGACUUGGGAUCAGUUAUAAACUCUAGAGCGCUUACUGCAGUGCAUGGCAUUCAGUCAGCUUUUGAUGAAGCUAUGUCAUACUGUCGAUAUCAUCCUUCCAAAGGAUAUUGGUGGCACUUUAAAGAUCAUGAAGAGCAAGAUAAAGUCAAACCUAAAGCCAAAAGGAAAGAAGAACCAAGCUCUAUUUUCCAGAGACAACGUGUGGACGCUUUACUCUUAGACCUUAGACAAAAAUUUCCACCCAAAUUUGUGCAGCAAAAGUCUGGAGAAAAGCCAGUCCCAGUGGAUCAGACAAAGAAAGAGGCAGAACCUGUGCCAGAAACUGUAAAGUCCGAAGAGAAGGAGACCACAAAGAACGUCCAACAGACAGUGAGCACUAAAGGCCCUCCUGAAAAACGAAUGAGACUUCAGUGAGUAUUGGACAAGAGAGAAGCUUGCAAGACUCCUCUUCAUUAUACCUCAUUACUGUGAUAGGCUUUCUAACUUUGAAGUUCUUUGAGACAGCCUUCUCAUUUGUAUAGAAUGUGCUUAUUCUUAAAGGAUUUAAGGUAACCGUUCCCCUACCGAACUUAAGCAGUCUCCUCACUUACAUGUGUAUUGCUGUAUUUGUCUAAAAAUAAAGAUAUAUGUAUAAGUUA